UGGGUGGAAAAUUAGUUUGAAGUUUAAAAUGGGCAACUACAGACAAAAGCUAAGAGAUGCUGGUUGUCAGGAACUGAAAGUGAAUUCUGAAAGUAGAGGUCUUGGGGAGACAAGAGGAAAGCGAAACAAAGUCAAGAAAACAAGACGCUGUGAAACUAAUUUUCUACCAGAUCUACCUCAGGGCAAAGAUCGGGAAAGUCUAGAAAAGGAAAGAGAGCAAAUGGCUGUGGAGAUGAUGAAGAGGACUCCAGACAUUACAUUUGUUGAUGCUGCUAUGAGCAGCACGUAUUCUUUGAGAAGGCAAGAAGUCGUUGAUGAGGAGCCACCAGUGUCACAAAUGAAAAUCCGAUGGCCAGCAAUUUUCACUGAGAGACAGAUCAGCAAAGAAUUCACCAGGCUUGUGUCAAAGGAUCUGAGCAAGUCCUUUUUGGAAGGCCUAGAUGGUCAUCUCUCAAAGCUGAUACAGUUAUUCCGAUCAAAGCGUUAUGAGGACAUUCCAGAAAUGACUUCAAUACUGGAGAGCCUUGAUAAGAAUGUGAGUCAAUUUAUUUUAAAGCAGUCUUUCUCUCCACAAAAUUACAAUUCUGUGAUCAUUUACUCACUUACUCACUACUCACAUCAUAAACCUAUUGAUAGUGACAUCUUUUCAUACAAUGACUUCAGAGUAAGCAUCUAAAAAGUAACAUAUUCAAUUUCCAUGUCAUAUUCAAAGUCUUCUGAAAUCAUACAAUGUCUUUGUAUGAUGAAAACAUAAAAAUGUCAGUCUUUGUUUACAAUGAUGUUUUAUUGUAUUAGCUACUACAUAAAUAUCAAGCCUCAUUGGUUCUUGCCAGUCUUUUGAUCAAAUGGCAUGACAGAAG